UUUGGAAACUUGUCAAUUAUGUCUGCAACUAAAAGGAAAUGCUAAAUAAGUUGCAACUAUCAAAUUUACGUUGUUAUGUCCUAUGUUCAACCAAAUAAUUAAAAACAUUCAGACACAAUUUGCAAGUGAGCACAGCCGGUUUAAUAUACAUUGAGAAAUUACAGUUAUCCAAUAAGUAAAUAUGUCUCUAACAAUUCAACAAAUCAUUACUGAUGCAAAACGACUUGCCAGUCGUUUAAAGGAUAGAGAUGAAGUAGCUGAUUCACUAUUAAACGAAACCCAUGCAAUUAAUAAAAAAAUUGAUGCCAUGAAACAGUUUCAAGAAGAAGUAGAACAGUUAAAUGAAGUAGCCAACCAACGUCCCCAUUCCCAAUUAAUAGCAAAUAUUCAAAAAGAAAAUAGGCAUUUAAAGGAGAUUCAACAAGAAAAUAGAGAACUUAGGGCUGCUUUGGAGGAUUACCAAACCACGCUACAGCAUGUGAUGUCUAAAUAUAGGGAACAUACCAAUGAAGAAAUCUACAAAUCCAAAAUAAAUUUUAAGGCAAUGCAGGAGCAAAAAUAUAGUGAGAUUAUUAAAAAUCAAGCAGAAAAAAUUCAAGAAAUGGCUGCUGUGAUGGAUAAAGCUGCCUUGAUAGAUGAGGAUAGGGAUUCUAGGGUACAAGAAGUAGUUUCUAUGUUACAAGUAGAAAAUCAGGGCCUAAGAGAGAUGUUGGACAUUGCUCACAAAUGCGGAAACUUGAAAAAAGAAGAUAAAUUUGUACAAACUGAAGUGCAGACAUAAAUUUUUUGAAAAAUAUUCUUUGUGUAUUUGUAAAUUAGUUUUAAAAUAAUGUUUGUUAUGUUUUUUAAUUUUUUAUAAUGUAUGUUUAAUUUAUUUUUUGUACUAUAUAUUAUCACAUAUUAUUGGAUUACUCAAUUAUCAAGUUCACACAAAAUAUAAACAUGAGUCAUCGAGCUCUUUUUCUCAUUUCGUUUUAAGUUAACUUAAUUAACCAAUUGUUAGAAAAUCUUAACACUGAGUUGUAAGAUACAAUUCUGAAAGGUAUUUAUAAUAAUUUUUCUAUGUAAUUAUUCCACCAUAAAAUGUGUACUAUUUUUUUACAAGAACGGUUGAAAUGACACUUACCUAACGCUAAAUUAUGUUUCUAUGAAAUAUUUAGCCACAGCCGUAAGUCAAGAUGGGCUACAUUUUUUUUAUUUUGUGUGGACUAUGUGAGUGUUUAUUUCAGAAUAAAAAGAUAAAUUAUGAAAAAGAUUUAGUGAAGAAUUUAAUAAGGCUGAUAUAUUUUUAACUUAAAGGACUUGUUUAUAAAAGCAACAAGUUUUGAUAUGUAAAGAUUAUUUUAUAAAAUAAUUGCUUAUUUAAACUUAUGAAAACAGAUAUUCUUAAUCCAGUUUUUAUUGCUUAAUAGAUUUGCAGCUUUUACUCUAACCAUAAUUAACAUUGCGUGUCAUGUAUGUAAAAGCAUUUUUGUGUCACAUAACCUUUAAAACGCAUCUUGAUUUUUGUCGAUAAGUCAAUUGAAUCAAAAGAUAUCGAAUUUUUACCGUCCAGCUGAUACAAAUUUUAUUGAACAUUGAUUUCGCGCGCGUAACUGACAUGCAAAAUCGACGGUCGCUAUAAGCGUUGUUUCUAACAGAAUGGUUCAUUCUACAAAAAACUGCUUAUAAACAUUUUUGUUUAAAAUUAUCUGAGCUACAUUUUUUAUUUGAAACAUUUUUUUCUCCGGUGUACAGAUUCUUGGUAUAUCGAUUUUUUCAUGUUUUUACUCCCUGCGAGGUGGGUUUUAGAGGAAAGCUCUGGAGUAAAAGUGGUAAACUUUUUUGCUUGUCCGUAUGAUUUUUAGGAGUGAACUCUCUGACGGCUGGAUUAGUUCCACAGCGCGCAGUUUAGUUUUGUCAAUUGCUUACCUUGUCCCGUUCGUUUCUUCAUUUCAGUUUCACUAGAGCCCUCUUUAGUAAUUCUAAUUACUAAAGAGGGCUAUUACUAUAUCAUAAUAAUGAUAUGUCUUGCUUAAAUGUUAGGUAAUUCCUCCAUAAUAUUAAUGUUCAUUAUAUAAAUAUAUCUUAAUUUGAAUAAAGAAGCGAUUGAAUUUUUUUGUAGAAUUUCAAUGAACAGUUGAAUUUUUCGCAUACCCUCCCUUUCUUGAAUGGCCUUUUUUUGCUGCAUGAACUGAGUCCAUGGAAAAUAAUAAUCCGAUAAAUUUUUGUUCAUAAAAGAAAGAUGUUUUGUGUAUACCUAAAUAUAUGUUUUUGAGUUGUAGCCUUAUUUCAUCUUCUUCUUAACUUAGGCGAGACCCUUAAAUCUCUGGCGCUUGGUCAUAUGACCUUUGUACCAUACCUUAUAUUUUUCCAUUAAACUCCAAUGACAGGAUGUGUACGGCAGUUUUGUUUUACACUUUGCAAUUUCUGUCCCUUGGUUCAUUCACCUUACCUAUUUUGCAUAGUUUUUUUCUUAAAGGGCAACACGUUGAAUCUCCUUCGGUGACCGUUUUAAUUUCUCUUUUAUUGAGGUUAAUCAAAUUGUCUGAGAGUUUUUUAUUAAUAUUCUUGAUUAUUUUUUUUAGUCUUUAUUUGCCCAUGUGUGGUUCCUCAUUUCUUUUGAUGACUCCUUAUCAUCUACUUUUGAACCUCGUUUCUUGCCGCAUCUUUAGUGAUGCCACACAUUGGUUCUGGGCCUACAAAGGUUUCUCUCGGCAAUAGUUCACCAGACAUAUAAACAUUUUCCUCGCUUCGAUCUUUUUAAUGCUUAUUGAGUUUCAUUGCGGUUUUUGUUUGUUCCUAGUCAAUUCUUGUCGUACAAGGGAUGGAUGGUCACUCCCAGCAGAGCCUGGUGUUGUGAGCAUGAAGAUUACAACAUCGUCUAAAGAGUGUCGCAGGAGUCUAACCUCUUUGGAUUGUAUGGUUUGCGUGGCAAUCUAUUAGUUUCGAUAAUGAUAACAUCAUACUUUAAUCAUCAACCCGAAGGAAAAAUACAUCAAGCGGGGUCGUUUCUUCCCAUAUAUCCUUUUGUAGACCAAUAGACCCAGUAAAAUCUAGAAGCAGUUUCAAUUGCACGGAAUGAGUAUGUGUCUUGCCAUACAUAGGUUCGAAGCAAUCAGAAUAGGUAUUUCUACGUUAUAUACAUUUUAGUCAUUAUCUGUUGUUGAUCUUCACGUGUUCAACGUUUUCAUGUAGUUCGCUCUAUUCAUCGAAUGAAUCAAUUGAGUCGGCGAUGUUGUUCAUGAUAAAAGUGAAGAAUCGUCCAAAAAAAAAUGUAACGUUUCAAUUUCUUUGUUUAUCUGGUUAAUAUCAGAUGCCAUUUUCUCGAUCGACUACGUUUGGACAUAUGUAAUUUUGAUUUGUUGCACAAGCCUUUGCUAAACCAGAAAACUUUUGUUUAUCAAAAUCGGUAACAAAAGUGAAUACAAGUUCAAUGUUUUAGUUUAUGGUUAUGUUCUGUAUACAU